AGAUCGCCACACUCUCCACUGCCGACAGCCAUGGCGGGGAAGCAGUUCCCCACCCUGGCGCACGCGCGCCCCGGUUCCUCCCGCCGCCUUCUCGCCUUCGCCUUCGCCGCCGCCUCCCUUCUCCUCCUCCUCCCCGCCUCCUACUUCUUCCUCCUUUCCCCCUCCUCGCCCCGCUCCACCCCCGCCAGCCUCGCGAGCCCUAGCCCAACCACCUCAUUCCUCGCCUCCCUCGACCGCUUCCUUGCCGCCCCGCACCCCUCCGCCUCCUCCACCGCCCCCAGCAAUCUCAACGCCGCGAUCCGGGCCGAGGAGGAGGCCCGGCUCUACGGGGAACCCGGGAGUGCUUGGCCGGCCGCGACGAGGCCGCUCAGGGUCUACGUGUACGAGAUGCCGAGCAAGUUCACCUACGAUCUGCUGAGGCUGUUCAGGGACUCGUACCGCGAGACGGAUAACCUCACGUCCAACGGGAGCCCCGUGCACCGGCUCAUCGAGCAGCAUUCUAUUGACUACUGGCUGUGGGCGGAUCUCAUUGCACCUGAAUCACAAAGACUUUUGAAGAGUGUAAUCAGGGUUCAGCGGCAAGAAGAAGCAGACAUUUUCUAUGUGCCAUUCUUCACAACAAUCAGUUACUUCUUGCUGGAGAAACAAGAAUGCAAGGCGCUUUAUAGGGAAGCUUUAAAGUGGGUGACUGAUCAGCCUGCUUGGCAACGUUCAGAAGGCAGAGAUCAUAUCAUUUCUGUUCACCACCCAUGGUCUUUUAAGUCGGUCCGGAGAUUUGUGAAAAAGGCAAUAUGGCUUCUACCUGAUAUGGAUUCAACCGGGAAUUGGUAUAAACCUGGACAAGUAUAUUUGGAAAAGGAUGUCAUCCUUCCAUAUGUUCCGAACAUUGAAUUUUGUGAUUCUAAAUGUGUAUCAGAAACUCAAUCCAAAAGAAGUAUAUUGCUGUUCUUUCGAGGAAGACUGAAGAGAAAUGCUGGAGGGAAGAUCCGCAGUAAGCUUGUGGCAGAACUAAAAGGUGCAGAAGACAUAGUUAUAGAAGAAGGCUCUGCUGGAGCUGAGGGAAAAACAGCAGCUCAGAAUGGCAUGCGCAAGUCUAUCUUUUGCUUGAGUCCAGCUGGGGAUACCCCAUCUUCUGCUCGCCUGUUUGAUGCAAUCAUCAGUGGAUGUAUCCCAGUUAUAAUAAGUGAUGAACUGGAGCUUCCUUUUGAAGGAAUACUUGACUAUAGAGAGAUAGCAUUGUUUGUUUCAUCAAGUGAUGCUGUGCAACCUGGCUGGCUCGUGAAUUACCUAAGAGGAAUUGAUGCCAAAAGGGUCAGAGAAAUGCGCUAUAAUCUUGUCAAGUAUUCAAGACAUUUUCUAUAUUCAAGUCCUGCUCAGCCUCUUGGACCAGAAGACCUUACAUGGAGAAUGAUUGCUGGCAAGCUAGUAAACAUCAAGUUGCACGUUCGGCGUUCUCAACGUGUGGUGAGAGAGUCAAGGAGCAUAUGUACAUGUGAGUGUAGAGUCGGGAACACCACGAUGAUGCUUUGAAGCGACCUUUUUCUCUGUGUUUUCGAAUUUUCGUAACAUAGCCAUUUUUUAGUUGCAAAUAGCACGAGCUUCGAUUUGGGCAAUUUUUGCCAAUGUACCUGUAAAUCUAACCAUAGAUUCGUAACCAAUGUAUGAGUUGCAACUGUGGAAAGUUGUGAGACUGCAAUUUGUGAAUCGUAUCAUGGCUGAGAUUAUGCUUGGUUGCCGUUGUCCAGGCCUAAUGUAAAGUCGUCAGUUUACGCUUCGCUGGUUUUGUGCUACUUUUUGAACUAUCAUCGAACAAAUGAACACUAUUGUUGUCUCAUGUUAUAUAUAGCAUCAUUAUAUUGGGU